AAAAGUUUUCACCUGACCCAAAAAUAACGUAAUCGGAUUUGCUUUAAUUUGCAAUUACUCCCUCUCUUUCCUCAUAAUCUCUCUCCCUCUCUCUUUCUGGACUUUUCCUCCGGAUCUGAGCUCGGAUAUUGGGUUUGAGAUCUCGCGACUUCGUCGAUUUGUUGAAUUUUAGGGUUGAGGUUUGGGAUUUCGGGGAGCCAUGGCGAGCGAAGGAGCGUCGAGAUACGUGAAGCUGACGAAGGAUCAGGAUUCGCCGAUGGAGGAGAUCCGCCCCGGCGAGCUCAAUCAGCCCGUUAGGGUUCCUCAGUUGGAGGUUCGCAAAUGCAAUGAGUGCGGGCAGCCCCUUCCAGAAAGCUAUGAGCCACCAGCUGAUGAACCUUGGACUACUGGAAUCUUCGGUUGUGCUGAGGAUACAGACAGUUGUUGGACUGGGUUGUUUUGUCCUUGUGUUCUGUUUGGCCGUAAUGUUGAGAGUAUUCGAGAGGACAUUCCUUGGACUAAGCCGUGCAUCUGUCAUGCUAUCUGCAUUGAAGGUGGCAUUGCACUUGCUGCUGCUACAGCAAUAUUUCAUGGCAUCGAUCCAAGGACUUCAUUUCUCAUUGGAGAAGGAUUGCUGUUUAGUUGGUGGAUGUGUGGUAUCUACACUGGUCUUGUCCGCCAGUCACUGCAGAAGAAAUAUCACCUGAAGAACUCGCCCUGUGAUCCUUGCGCCGUUCAUUGCUGCAUGCACUGGUGUGCCAUCUGUCAAGAGCAUCGAGAAAUGAAGAGUCGCCUCUCUGAUAGUUCUGUUAUGCCGAUGACUGUUGUUAACCCUCCACCUGUGCAGGAAAUGAACGCUAACGACAACCAGGAGUCUCAAGCCUCUGAAAAUGGAACUCAGAGUCAGCGUGCUACCCUGGAAAUGCAAGCCUUGUAGAAGAACACCAUACAGUUGUCUGACAUUGAAGAAAUAUGGCUCUUGCAGUGUCAUUGGGAGAUUGAUUUUGUUUUGUACUGUAAUUUUUGAAACUGAUAGCCUAAUGGAGUUCUGCAGAAUGCUAUUUGGUAUACAAAUUGUUAGUUUAGUUUAAA